GCUGGCGUCCCCUCCCUUUCCUCUCCUGUCAUUACACCUUUUCACCUGUAGAAGGCAGAAGACUCACCCACCUUCUUUCCAUCCAGAGACUUCCAAUUGCUGUCGGGAGUUACGCGUCUGUGAGGCCCGUUCUGCUAACUACAGAGGAAUUCCGCCUCUGAAUUUUCGUCAAAAAUCACAAUAAUGCCCACGAUAAAGCUGCAGAGCUCUGAUGGAGAAAUCUUUGAGGUUGACGUUGAGAUAGCUAAACAGUCAGUCACCAUAAAGACCAUGUUAGAAGAUUUGGGGAUGGAUGAUGAAGGAGAUGAUGACCCAGUUCCCCUGCCUAAUGUAAACGCUGCCAUCCUCAAGAAGGUGAUUCAGUGGUGCACCCAUCACAAAGACGACCCCCCUCCUCCUGAAGAUGACGAGAACAAAGAGAAGAGGACAGAUGAUAUUCCUGUGUGGGACCAGGAGUUUCUUAAAGUGGACCAAGGCACCUUGUUUGAGCUCAUUCUGGCUGCCAACUACUUGGACAUCAAAGGUCUGUUAGAUGUCACCUGCAAGACGGUGGCCAACAUGAUUAAAGGCAAAACCCCCGAGGAGAUCAGGAAGACUUUCAACAUCAAAAACGAUUUCACAGAGGAGGAGGAAGCCCAGGUACGCAAAGAGAACCAGUGGUGUGAAGAGAAGUGAAAGUGGUUCCUCUCAGCACUACCACAUCCAAAAGGAUUGUCCCUGCUAACUGGUUGCACUGGCGUUGUUCAUAUUUGUUAAUAUUUACAUUUAGUAUAUUUAGAGCCACAUGCCUCGUCCUCCCUACACCGUAAACCCCGCCCCUCUUUAUUUCUACCUAUUACUGCAUGACCAUUUUAACUUGCCUGUGUGGUGUUGGUCAAUUAAAGUUAAAAUGCUCUUUUGCAUUUUCACAAACUCACAUUGAGCACUGACGUCAAAUAGUCAUCAAUUUGUAUUCCUACAAACAAAACAACUUUAGAUUUUCCGUACCAAUAAUUCCUUUUUUUUUUACUGGACAUGCUAGUUUUAUUUUAGGUUAGCUGAAAGAAAUAAAACAUCUUUUUUUGAAAAUGAAAAGUCAUGGGUGAAUGUUUUUUUUUUUUUUCUUUUUUUUUUUCUCUGUAAAUGUACCGUUUUGUGAAACCUCGUUAAGAAGUUGUUGAUUGGAAAGGUGCAGUUUGAAGUGGAAACGGCUUUAUUCAUGUGUUGAAUUAGAAAACCUUUUUCUCAGAUGAGCUGAUGCUGGUUUAGGGGAUGAAGGAAUAAAAAUCUACUCCAUGAA